UUUUUAUAGGUACUGAAUAUUAAUAAUAAUAGUUUUAAUUGAUAAAAAAUCAUACCGUAACGUCGUACAAGCAGUAAGUGUGCCCGCGUAUUAUUCAAAUCUGUUUUUAUUUUAUUCCGUGUUCGGUUUUCAUAUCGCGACAUGAUUCGGUUACGAUCGUAUUGAACGGCCUUUACUUGGCCGGCUCACGCUGAUUUCGCCGGGAUUAAGCAGCAGCCGCCACUGUAAAUAUACCCACCAAUAGUAUAUAUUAUAUAAUAUAUUUUAUUGGAUCACGACCGCCGGCAGCUCGAUAUGAUCCAAGAAAACCGUUUCGAAACGUAUGGGUUACCAGCGUCGUUCAUGAAAAACGUAAAGGAGAAAACCGUCGACAAAGCGAGACAUUUGACGGCCGAAGACAGUUUGUGCGAGAACAAAAGUCUACACUUUCGAGACUUGUACGAACUGCAAUUCGUUAAGACUGAAGUGCUGCAGUGCCGGGGAUGCUCCGAUCCGAUCACCGACCGGUUUUUGCUAAAAGUGUCCGACAAGAUUUGGCACGUGUCCUGUUUGAGGUGUUGCGUUUGCAAUUUGAUUUUGGAAGACGAACCGUCGUGUUUUGUCAAAGACGAUUCGGUUUACUGUCGACAAGACUACGCCAGGAGCUUCGGUACAGUGUGUUCAAAGUGUUCCAAAGGCAUUUCCGCUUCGCACUGGGUGCGCAAAGCUAGAGACCACGUUUAUCAUUUGGCGUGUUUUCGAUGCGACGCUUGCGACCGACAACUAAACACCGGCGAGGAGUUUGCGCUGCACGAAGGCCGAGUGCUUUGCAAACCCCAUUAUUUGGAUAUCGUCGACGGCGGCACGACCAGUUCUUCGGAAGGAGGCGAUUCCGAAAGCUAUCACAGCAAGAACAAGGCGAAACGCGUGCGGACCACGUUCACCGAAGAACAGUUGCAAGUGUUGCAGGCUAACUUCCAGCUGGACUCCAACCCGGACGGCCAGGACCUAGAGAGGAUAGCGCAAAUCACCGGCCUCAGCAAGAGGGUCACGCAGGUUUGGUUCCAAAACUCGAGGGCCAGACAGAAAAAACACUUGCACACGGGCAAAGUGAAAAGCACACCGUCGGGCCUCCUUCACCAUCAAAACGGUUCGGAAAAUCACUUCAACAGGCACAUAAACCUACACCUAACGUACUCGUUCCAACAACCACCGUCGUCUAACCAUUCGCACCAACGAGGAUCACCCGUUUACAUGCCGCAGACCACGGCCUCCGAGAACUCAUCUCUGGACGAACUAUCCCAGGACUCCAUGAUGAUGUGUUCGGUGGGCAGGAACAGUGAUCCCGUAUGAGAAGAGGACCGCGGUGGCUCCGCUAACGGUAAUCGCCCUCAACAGGUUCAACCUCCCCAACCACCGCUGCGCUAAUGCUAAAACUAUAUUAUAAUAUUAAAUUUAUAUUGCGUUAAAUUUGUUUACUUUUAUUAUUAUUAUUUUUUGUUCUUCUGUGAUAUAAUCGUAAUUUAAGGUUAAUAUUAUUAUUAUUAUUAAAUUUUCGGAUAUUUUGCGUACCCGAUGUUUUAUAAACUUACAUAAUAUGAUAUUAUUAAUAUUAUAUAUUAUAAUAGUAUAAAAAUAUACAAUUAUUUUGUACUCAUAAUUAUCACGACCGAUGAUAGACGGGUAGAGAUAUUGGAAAAAAGUCACGAUUUAAAUUAAGUUAUACGAGUUAGUGUAUAAUUUACAAUUUAUAUGUAGCACCCGUACUCUCAUCACCUAACCUCCGACGGCGUUAUUUUGCGUUUAUCACAAUAUCAAGUUACCAUUAUGUAUAAAUAGCUAAGCCCCUAUAUUUUAUUACUAUUAUUAUUAUUGUAUUUGAUUGUAUGCGCAAUGUCUUCUAUUUCUGCUGGCUGCACUACAUCUAAAUAUGUUUUCAAUCUACAUACAAUCUUACACAUCCCACGCAAUCCCUGCGACGUCGGUUUUAUUGUUUAUUCGCCACCCGUCACCGUCUUUUUUGUUCUAUUUUAAUAGCUUAUAGUUCCUAUGCAAUUUUUUUUUAUAUCACCGGGUCCUUUAUAUUGUGUUAUCGAAACGGAAUAAAAUGAUUUUAUACCUAAAUAAAAAAAAAAGUAUUUUAUUUAUUUGUAAUAAUGCCCAUGAGAAUAAUAAUACAAAAAAAUAUAUAUAUCUAUAAAUACACUAGAAUUUCUUGUAUACAUUCUUACCUAUUAUAUUGUAUAAAUACCCAUACACAUAGUUUCUCGCACACGAUUCGUAUUGUGUGUACCUACUUGAAAUAGAUAAUAACUUAUUAUAUAAUUUGUCUUGCCUACAAACGACUAGAUGGUAAAUCAUUUUAACGUAGUCAGACGCUUACAUGUAUAACUCGUUAUUAAUUAUUACAAUUAUAUUACGUUUAAAAUGAUAGUUAUUAUUGUAAAAAUUGAAUUUUGC